CAAGGAUCUAGUUCUAAAGCUAAUUAUUUAUUAGCUAGUGCUGGGGUUAAUGCAGAUGAAUUAGGUAGAACGAUUGAUGCGGUCGAUUUAAGAGGUACAUUUGAACCACUUCAACCAUUACAAGAUACGGAUGGAUAUUUAAAACAUGAACAUGAACAAUCUAUAAUCGCUUCAAUUGAAGAAGGUAGAAGACAAACCGUACAAGAUUUCUAUCAAUUAUUAGAUAAAUCUUUACGACUGAAUUGGGAACAACAAAAAGAAAUCUUAUUUGAAGAAUUAGGUCGACAUCAACCAUCAUCAAAUCAUAAAUCCACUCCUAGUAGUUCACCUGAACAUUUGAACAGAAGAUCUGGAUCUAGAACUUUUUCAAUCGAAGGUACCACUUUUGGUGGAUCUCAAUUAACUAAUCCUACCACUCGUAAUGGUACGAAUCUACCUAGUUUAGAUAUGCAUGGAAAGAUGAUGAGAUAUGAUCAAGUCGUCAUCAAAUUAAAUGAAAGACGUCGACAAAACAUUCAAUUCCCCAUCAUUCAUGCCUUUCAACAAGCCAGUGUACCUAACCAUCCAGAAGAAUCCAAUAAUAAAAACAAUCAACACACGCCUUUGAUUGAUACAUGGAGUUUAUUAAAACAUAUCGUACAAGAACCUAAUUCAGAUUUGAUUGAUCAACAAGCUUAUCUUGGUGAUCCACAAAGUUCAGAAGCUAAAAACUUACGAAAACAAUUAGCUGAAGGUGCUAGAGUUCAUCUUCAACAACAAUUCUUGGAUCAUAUUAAUAUGCAAAUCGCUUCGCAUCCUGUUGAAGCUAACUUGGGAGGUGAUCCAUCUAUUAGUAAUAAGAUUAGAGCUUAUGUCGAAUUAAAGUUUUGUAAAAAUGGAGUUUGGCAAGACAAACGACUUGAACUUAUAAACCAAACCCCAGUUUGGGCACGAAUUUUUUAUUUAUUAAGGAUUGGACAAGUCACAGAAGCCGUUCAAUUUGCGAAAAGUCAAGAAACACAAAUCCGUAAAACCGAACCUAACUUUUUAUCAUAUUUCACAUCAUGGUCCACAUCCACAGAUAAAAGAUUAACCAAAACCUUACGAGAUAGAUUCAUAGCUGAAUAUAAUCAAAGGAUCAGAGAAGUCAGUUCGGAUGGAGGUUUAUCAUCUAAUCCAAUCGAUCCAUUCAAACUAGCGAUUUAUAAGAUCAUUGGUAGAGUCGAACUUCAAAGAAGGAACGUACCAAUAGCUAUCUCAAGUAUGGAAGAUUGGAUUUGGUUACAAUUAGUUUUGGUUAGAGAACUUGAUCAAGUUGUUGAUCAUCAGCAUCAUCAUCAUUUGAGUAAUAGUAAUAAUCCUUCUAGUUUUGAUAAGUAUGGAUUAGAUGAUUUUGCUCAGGUGAUUGCUAAGUAUGGUGAAACUCAUUUCGAUCCGAAUGGGAAUCGACCAUUAAUGUAUUUUAGAGUAUUACUGAUGAGUGGUCAAUUUGAAAAAGUAAGACCUAAUUAUCAACUUGAUGCUGUUCAUUUUGCUAUUGCUUUAGCUUAUUAUGGAUUACUUAGAAUAUCUGAUACAGUUCCAGCCUUAGAAGGACAUCCAAGUCCAAGUAUCAAUUUUGCAAGAUUGAUUUAUAGAUAUACUAGAUUGUUUUCGAAAUCUGAACCGGAGAUUGCUUUACAAUAUUUAUAUUUGAUUUGUUUAAAUUCAGAUGUUCAACCAUCUUCAUUAGGACAACAACAAGUGAAUUUGUGUCAUACUUAUAUUGGUGAUCUAGCAGUUGAAACAGCUUCUCAUGAAGAAUUAUUAGGUGAUGUUAGGAAUGAUGGAACUCGAGUACCUGGAAUGAUCGAAAGAGAUUUAAGUUUGAUUAAGUUGAAUGAUCAAAGAGAUUAUUUAGAAACGAUUGUCAAACAAGCAGCCGAGAGAGCCUUUAGAGAAAGAAGAUUAAGAGAUUCGAUUCGAUUAUUUAAUAUUGCAGAAGAAUAUGAUAAAGUGAUUGGAGUAUUAAACCUAGAAUUAGGUAAUUCCUUAUCCCAACCGAUCCAUGAUUCCAACCUAGAAGAUGGAAGUACUUUACAGAUGUCGAAUCAUUCGAAAGGAGCUACGAUCUCUUUAACCGCUUCGGAAGAUAUUCUGGUGGUGGCUAAGAAUAUUGUGGAACAUUAUGAUCGAACGAAUUUGAUUUCUUGUAAGGUUUCUAAAAAGAAUAGAGAGACUUGUGGGUUGUUGUUGAAGUUGAAGACGAUUUUGAAUUUACAUGAAAAAGGAAGGAAUGAACAAGCAUUAGGAAUUUUAGAUUCGAUUGAAUUAUUACCAACAGGUAAUGAUUUAGUACAAAUCAUUAGGAAAUCAGAACAAAUUAAAGAUUUAGAUGAAUCGAUCAUUAAGAAUUUAGAUUUGAUUGUUUUAUGUGGAAUGAAUAUCUUAUUUAAAGUCUUUAAUGAAUUAAAAGAAAGUCCGUAUGGUGAUAGUGGUAGGCAAGCUAAAAUGGCUGAAAUUAAAACUAAAGCUAGAGCUAUUACUACGUUUGCUGGGAUGCUUAGGUAUAGAUUAUCACCUGAUACUUAUUCACAAUUAAGUAGACUUCAAGCUUAUUUACAUUAA